AUGAGUAUUGUUGAAGUUAGAAUAUGUGGUAGAUAUAAAUUAGGAUAAAAAAUUUCCAUAGGUUAAUAUAGUUCUAUAUAUUUGGCAAGAAAUGUUUAAACAAAUGUCGAGGUAGCAAUAAAAAUUGAAGAAUAAAACUCAAAGCAUUAAUUACUUUUAAAAGAGGGAAACAUAAUCUAAAAUUUACAAGGAGGAACUGGAGUUCCAUAUUUAAAUUGGUUUGGACAAGAAGGCGAAUAUAAUUUUUUAGUAAUAGAAUUAUUAGGUUAUAAUCUUGAAGAUUUAUUUAAUAUAUGUGGUAGGAAAUUUUCAUUGAAAACAGUAUUAAUGAUAGCCGAUUAAUUAAUCUCAAAUAUGGAACAUAUUCAUUUUAAAUCAUAUGUAUAUAGAGAUGUUAAACCAUAGAAUUUUUGCGUAGGCUUAAGUAAAAAAUCAAGACAUAUAUUCACAAUAGAUUUCGGGCUAUCUAAGAAAUACAAAAAUCCACGAACAAAUGAACAUAAUAAAUUUUCUAAUAAUAAAUAUCUUAUAGGCUGUAUAAGAUAUAUGAGUAAUUAUAUACAUAAUAAAUAUGAAUAUUCAAGAAGAGAUGAUAUGUUAAGUUUAGGAUAUAUGUUUAUUUAUUUUUUGAAUGGCUAUUUACCUUGGUAGGGUAUACAAUGUGUACAAACAUAAGAACUUUUUAAAUAAAUAAAAGAAAUGAAAAAUAAUAUUUCCUAUGAAGAAUUAUGUAGUGGAUUAGCUCCUGAAUUCGAAGUAUAUAUGAAAUAUUGUAAAAGUUUAUAAUAUGAGGAGAAGCCUGAUUAUACUUAUUUAAAAAAAAUAUUUAAGGAAAGAUUUGUAAAAGAAGGAUAUUAAUUUGAUUAUGUAUAUGAUUGGAUUCUAAUUCCUUUGAGAGGAAAAUCAAGAAAAUAAUUAAAUCGAUAAAAUGGAUUCUAUGAAUAAUUUAGCGGAUGA